UCGUGCUGCAGCAGUGCAAUCUGUGCAAUCCGCGGAGAGCGAGCAAAAUUUUGUAGUAUCAUCUGGAUAAAAGUGCUUACUUUUUUUGUUAAUCUGAAUAUUGCAAAUACUUUUGUGAUUCAAUAAACUCGUUAAUUUUUUGUGUAAAUAUGGAGUGGGUAAUAUCUGUCAACGAUAUGUUAAAGGACAGUAACAAUAUCACGAAGUUAAACUACACCCUGAUUCCUCCCGGUUUUCAAGGCGAUGUGAGGAGCGUGAGGGUGAUGCAGGAGAGCCUGUCGAAGCUGAUCGACUCGCUGGGCGAGCAGUCGGCAGCGGCGCAGUCGCUCAGCAAGGUCAUAACCACCGCUGAGAAGCUGCGCAACUCGCCCACGCACAUCCUGUAUCUUCUGCGCGACCCUAACGGGAAGGGAGGACGGGGCGAGGUGAUCGGCAUGCUGAAGGUGGGCCGCAAGCACCUGUUCCUCUUCGACGAGCACGACAAGGUGUGCGAGGUGGAGCCGCUAUGCGUGCUGGACUUCUUCGUGCUGCGCGACCGCCAGCGCCACGGCUACGGCCAGCUGCUGUUCGACCACAUGCUGGAGGACCUGGGUAUGACGACGGCGGAGCUGGCCAUCGACGGGCCCUCGGCCAAGAUGGAGCAGUUCUUGGCGCGGCACUACGGCGUGCAGCGCCUCAUGAAGCAGAACAAUAACUUCGCCGUCGCGCCGCAGUUCUUCGCCAAGGCCACGGAUAUCAGCAAGUCGGGGCGCAGCACCCCGGUGGUUUCGGCCGCCGUGGGGCGCUUCGCCGCGCCCAAGCCGCCGUCCGCCAUCGCCACGGUAAUUCAUGGAGGCACGUCGUAUUAUCAGGAAAGUAAUGGCUACUCGCGCUUAGGCCGCGCGGCGAACAGCCACUGACAGGCCCCACUGCAAAACUAGCGCCUCUAUCGGCUAAAUUCGGAAACAGAAUUAAUAACGAAUGACAAUAUUCAUUAUAUUUAAAUAAUUUAUUAAGAUAGCCCGAAUAUUUUACAAGUUGAAGACUUCAAUUUGAAACUCGAAUGAAAUUUGCAAUCCGUCCAAAUUAUGUCCAGGAAAUGUAGAAUCUUGUUAGUAUUUUACAGAACGCGAACGCUUGUCUCGUCGGCGUUCUAAUUAUUAAGUACGUAACGAUGGCACAACGACAGAAAACUUUGGUAAAGUAGCUUUUAGUCGGUACUAUUUUCAAGCCCGUAUAUAAUUCGUGAAUAUUGUUAUACUUGCGUAUGAAUUGAUUCUUGAUUCUGUUUGUCUUUGUGUUAUAAUUUGUCCUUGUAUACUUAUUGUAUUCGAAUAUUUUUAUUUUCACCCGUAAAUUAUUAUUAAUUAUUUUGAAGUUUAUACUAUAAAAAGUAGCUUGUUUUGUUUACUUAUGAAUAUUUUGAUUGGCUCGUGUAGAGGUGAGCGCAAUGGACGUGCACAAAGGAUCAACAAACAAACACUUUGUCUACGUCCAUUGCAAAUAUACAUUUUAACGAAGAAGACACGAUAAAUGUUGUUUAAAUUAAUGAUGCACUGUGAUAAUAUUAAUUUUGUUUUAGCUUUUAUUUUUUAAUUUAUGAUAUUAUUUACACUUUUUAUAGAUGUAGUUAGCACGAUAAGGCAGCUCUUGUACUCGAGAGGUUUUGAAGCAGUUUUCGCGCAUCCACUCUACACAAAGUUUAUCAGAUUUAUAGAUAAAAAAGAAAUUACAACUGUCAGGUAAAAUAAAUAAAAUGUUUUCUUCCCGACCAGCAUGGUUUGCAGGUUUCGUUUUGGCAGGAUGUGACUCUUUUCCGAGGUUCACAGUUUGCCUCUUAGUUUUAGCGGCUGAAUCAAGUCCUGUGUGUGUAGUAAGACGUCGGGGCGUGCGACGCCAGACGAGCCGAUGCCGGAGCCGGCGGCCGCGCCGGAGCCCGAGCCGUCUCCGGUGGCGGAGCCCCCGGCGAGCGAGCGGCGGGCCGCGCCCGAGCUGAAGCCCGCGAGCGAGCGGCCGUCGUCUUUGCGCGUGGAGCCCGCGGCGGGCGCGGCGAGCCCGGGCCCGGCGGCUCCCUCGCCGGCCGGCGCGGCUCCCUCGCCGGCCGGCUCCACGAUGUCGCGCCGCGACUCGCAGCUCACCGACCGCGGCUUCUUCGACGUCAAGUUCUACCACAACAAGCUCUGGUAAGCCGCGCGUCGUCGCUCGAGAGCUAUUGCGUCGUUUGGAAAGAAGCAGGGCGGGUUUUCUAAAUUAAAACCAUCAAUUGAUACGAUUAAUAACUAAUGCACUAAUUAAAUUACUUAAAAUAAAACUCAAGUACAACGAUCGGGAGUUCACGUUGGAAAUUUUGUCAUAUAUACGCACUUCAAACUUCGUGUUGUACCCCUGGCGGCAGGUUUUGAUAUUGAACUUUAUGUGCGUGGCUACACGAGAUCUGAUAGAUUACAUGCAGUUUUCUCCUCAUUGUACAUUUGGUAUUCCAAGUCAAAACACUAUCAGCCGCUGCUUCCUUUUAAACUUUACCCCUUGCAAUAUUCAUCUGUGGAAGCUAAGAUAGCUUAAAAUAUUUUAAAAGUUUGUAUGUAAUUACUUAUAUCAGCUAUGUCUGCUGUAUAAGUUACGCCAACAAUGCAUUUAAAUAAAUACUGUUUUGAUGUCUUUAGCAAGAAAUCCGUAGAUCUUGAAUAAAGUUCUGUAUAGCUUCCCCUAACUUUGAAGAGCGUGCACAAAUGUCAAUGCAAAAAACAUCAUUCUAUUGUAAAAUUUCUUGUUUUAUCACAAUGGUGGAGGUCGUAACAUCACUCAUGUUGUUAGUUUAUUUAUAUUAAUUUGUAUAUGACCCACGAAUGCAAUUACAGUCGGAAUAGAUUUCAAACAUUCCUUUUGGGCGAAGAGUGUGUGGAGUGUUGAAGUUUUGGUAUAACGUCGUAAGUCAGUCGUCCAUUAUCAAAUAAAUAUAAUAGUAAUUAAUGUUUGUGUGGCUAAUUUGUUAAAUUUAAGACGAACGAACAAAUCAAAAGGCUUCCUUUUUGUCGCGUAGUUGAUGAAUGUGGAGAGGCGACCGACAAAACUAACGAAAUACGAAUAAUAUGACACCAGACAAAUACUAAAUUCGUUUGGUGGUUAAAACAGUUAUUUAAGCAUUUAUUUGACUGUAACUUAAAUUUUAACGUAUGGUUUUACAGAAUCAUCCGACUAUUUCGUAACUUUGUUGAGAUUCAUGGCAACUAAUCGAGGCUUACAAUUAAACGGUAACUUUUUGGAAUUCGUACUUAUUUUUAAAUAGCUUGUUUUAUUAUUUUAUUAUGUAAAAUAUAUCUGGCCUAAACUGUAAGCAAAAUAAUCCAGCCUUGAUUGUAAUUUAGAACUUAUUCAGUUUCCUACUUAACCCAAAGUAACUUUCUGUUAACUACUCAUUAAUAUAGUAUUAUUUACUUUGUAAUUAUUUUUAAACAAAUGAAAUGUAUAUUGGAGAACUUAUUUACUUGCGAACAAAAUAAAAUGACGAACCAAAUGUACUUGCUAAUGAUUUUAAUAUAAUGUUAACUAAUUAUUAUUAAUUUUAUUUUUAAAAGUUGUAAAUGUAGGAUUAACGGCCGUCUUUUGAUUGUUUUGCACUUUUAUCGCAUUACUCUUUAUAUUGAAAUUAUUAUACUUACUUUGUUAGGAAAUAGUUGCAUUUGGGUUGUGUUGAUGUUAGUCGGGUGGCGAGUGUCACACUACCGAACUGGAUGUGGGAUUGACAGCCUUUCGUGGCUGCACACAGUGAGAUUAUGUGAACUUGUGGCGUUCUUAGGCUAAACUUAGAUUUUAAUGGUUCUUAAACGGGGCAGCAGAUUUUAGAGCGUUUGAAUAGGAAUAGUACCUAUGAACUUAGGUAUGUACGGUCUUCAUCCAGUCUCCCAUGUAUUCCAUUGAUAAUAAAGUUGCAAUCGGUGUGGCGGCCAGUUUUGGCAAUAGCUUGAGAUAGUUGUGUGUAAGUUGAGACUCGCGACUGCUCUGUAAUUAAUUUAGGUUAUCUUCUCUCACACAUGUCACCACUUUAGUGAGAGUGAAAGAGAAUGAUUUCCCUGAAUGUCUGCGGAGUAGGGUCUCCGGUGCCCCUUGCAUAUCAAGAUUUACUCAAGUUCUUUCACACUAUUUUGAAAACGUUCCCGAAACUGACCGACAUUGUGUUUAGUUUGCGCUGCCUUCUGAGGGCACAGCGACCUAGUGUAAGCCUGUGGCCUGUGCUAGGACAGCGUACUUAUGUUACUGUUGAUCAGAAAAUGUUCGUGUGUUUCGUUUGCAUUAUGUAUGUUGAAUAUGAAUAAACGCUAUGUAAUCUGA